AUGUACGCGACCAAGGCCGAGAUCGGCACGGUGGAGAAGCCGAAGGAGUUCAACAAGGACAGUGUGCGCAUGACAUGGCCGUGGUGGAACAAGGCGCAGUGGAACACGUACCACUGGUUCAUGCACGUCCUGGACGUGUACCCGCUGACGCCUGGUGUGGAACCGCCCGUGUUCCCCAAGGACGCCAAGGUGCCGCACAUGCCCCAAUGGACGCAGCACAUCUGGAUCCUGACGUUUUCGUGGUUUGGAUUCGCGCUGCAGCAGGCGUACCAGCACUUCUUCGGGCCGAUGCACCCCGUCGGCAUCGCGCUGCUGUACACGCACGUCUACAUCUUUGUGCUUGUGCACGAGGUUCGCAUGAUUCGCAAGGUUGGAUACACCUAUGGCUAUCUCGACGGCGAGCACCCGCGUGACGGCGUGCCCGACGUCGGCAUCGGACGGGUCUUCUGGUCGCUCCUCAAGACGGUCGGCGGCCGCGUCGCCCUCUUCACCUACCUCACGUACAACCGCGAUGUCUCUCCGCUCAAGGUCAUGGUCGACCCCAAGUGGUGGGUAUCGACGUACUUUGAGAUUGGCGUCUACGGUGUCGUGCUCGACUUCUGGUUCUACGUCUACCACCGCAUGAUGCACGACGUCAACGGCCUGUGGCAGUACCACCGCACCCACCACCUGACCAAGCACCCGAACUCGACUCUGUCGGCGUACGCGGACGACGCGCAGGAGGUCGGCGACAUGGUCGGCGUUCCCUUCAUGACGUGGGUGACGAUGACCGCUCUCGGCUUCAACAUGGGCUUCUACGACUGGUGGAUGUGCCAGCAGUUCAUCAUCUACACCGAGGUCAUGGGCCACUCUGGCCUCCGCGUCCACCUCACCGCCGCGAGCACGCUGUACUGGGCGCUCGACUUCCUCGGCCUCGAGCUCGCCCUCGAGGACCACGAUCUCCACCACCGCCACGGAUACCGCAAGUCAUCCAACUAUGGCAAGCAGUCCCGCGUCUGGGACACGCUCUUUGGCACCACCCGCCCCCGCCAGGAGUGCCACGAGUCAAACAUUGACUGGGACAACACCGCCCGCAUGCCCCUGUGGUAG